GCGUCGGCGCUUCCACCGCAGGAGGUGCUGUACUAGGCGGUGCGACAACGACUUCACAGAUCUAUAUCUCUCGAGGUGUAGCCAGCACCAAAUCCACGCCUAAUCUUCCUAUUUGCGAUUAUCCUAUAGUGCCACCAGCACCAUCUCUACGCCCUUGCGCUCCGCCUAGACGGCACUCAGAACUGUCAUUUCCGAUCUCUCCUACAAUGCCAUUACUAUCGGAAGAGAGUGCACCAAGCAAUGCAUCCACUUCCCAAAUACCCAGACGACUAGAUGAUCCUAUUCCUAUGCCCACAAGGUCUGGGGAUUUUACAGUAUCCACAAAGUCUCCCAGACGGUCCGACGGAUUGCGCCACGCACUUUUACGACACCCACGUCUAGAUAUUACAAGUCGCGAUCAAUCGCCCCCUAAAGAAAAACCUAAUCGACGAAGAACCACCUCCUCAUCGACCACGUAUUCCAAAAGAAGAGUGGCUUUUAACAAGGUUAUCAACUCGAUUUUCCCUAAUAAUCCACCAUCAACUCCACAUCUCGGCCGGCAAGACUCUCUCGAGAAGUGUACACACCUUGCAAAAUCGUCACCCAGUGACUCUUUACGCAGCUUGGAUGUGGUUUCUCCCGGCACCUUUUUGUUCAGCGGUCCGAGCCUGAAAUCAGCUUGUUCCGAUUCCGUCAGGUCGAACCGUUCGCGUCUUCCAAGCUGGGCAGAGAGCAGCGUUGGCACAAAUUCGCCUGGUCGCAGACAAUCGUCAAUGUCAGGUCCUAACGGGCGUUCAAACGCCAUGAGUGAUUCUAUCAUGGAGCCUCUUGUUGAGCACGGAGUAACCAGGACCAUGUCCGAUGUUCUGCUCACGGACGACGCGCACAAUUGCGAGACUAUGCCUUUCACAUCUGAGUCUAAUAUACAGUAUAGCCUCCAGCAAGCUAAUUCCUCCUUGAAAGCCGUAAUACACGCUAAGUCUCCCUCGCAGCUCUCUAUUUCACACAAGCUACCAAUCGAGAUCCUACACAUGAUAUACAAGUGGCUUCACCCUAGAGAUUUCAACGCUGCCCGACACACUUGCUCAACCUGGAUGAGGGCUAGCCUUGACGCCACACUUUUGUCGAUAAUGCUGAAGCGUAAUGGAUAUCGGAGUGCAAGUGUCGUCGAUCAAUGUCAAAGAAUAGCUCAACUUCAAGGUCUCACUAGUCUGACUGGUGUAGAUUCUGAAUGGACACUAAGCAGAUAUUUGUCAAGAGAAUGUGCGCUUUCUGCGGGCUGGACUGGUAAUGGGCUUAGUAUUGCAUCCCCUUCGAAAGUUUUUGCGAAUAUAUUCGAGACCGACUUUUCUGAUCUAGCAAAUGGAUGGUCAGGUUCGAGUUCACGCAAGACUUCUGCACUUUUGUUUACUACGAGCACUUGCGGGCGUUUCCUGUUGAUCGCGCGGGAAACCUUGCUAUAUGUCUACGAUAUUUGCAGUGGGGUGGGACUGCAACCUCUUACUUGCGUAAUAUGCCCGAGAAGAGUCAUCUCGACAAGUAUGAAUGCGAGUAGUGGCAGAUAUGCCGUAGCCGCUCUUCUCGAAGGCAGAUUGGGUAUGGUAUGUGAGCUCACAGACAAAAAAGAAUUCCACACGGAUGUUAUGCCACAAAAUCGAGAAGAAGCCAAUCCGGUCACUUUCAAUUCGAUUGCUGUCCAAGCGAAUCGAGACGCAAUCGUUGUACAGGACACGGUUGACGAGCAUGCCCGAAGUCAAGAUUGGGUCAAUCACACCUGGAACCUUGUCCUCCGUGGUGUACCUACUACGAAAUCUAGGACUGAAUCCCUGACGAAACGCGCAAGCAAAGGUCUCAUACCAAUUGAGACCGGUGCUUCGACCUUCUACCGACGGUUGUGUUCGCAAGAUGAUCCUCCUCGUAGUGUAGCUAUUUGUCCCCAGCGGCGGUGUGUUGCCUUCGGUUGUUCAUCAGGCAUAGAAUUACACUGGGUAGAUGCUGCGACGGGGCAGAGCCUUACUCGUUGGUUCCCUCUGACUGCCCCUUCGGACUACCUAUAUUUUCUUGCCCCUCGCUACGAUCUCGAGUCAGCGAAGAAACUACGAUUGAUCUCUAGCGCUGCUCAUCCUCUAGAGCGACCUGCGAUAAGUCGCAAAUUCCGCUCCCCUUGUUCAACAUUAAUACCUCUGCAAGAUGCACUGGAAUUUGAGCGGUACAAUCGCCACGACAAUCUCGGAUAUGAUCACUAUCAUGCAGUGCCCCUAAGCGACGGGUACCAUAUUCUCUUCAUUGAUCCUACCAGCGCUGAAUUAUUCAUUGGCUGUAAUGCACCCAUUGGUAGCCCGAUGAAGUUGAUCCGCAAGAUUAGGCUUGCAGCACCAUAUAAGAACAUGAUCCCUCAUGUUUACACAGCUGCAUCUGACUUGACAUGGGGUGCACGCAUCGUCGCCGUAUUCGGGAGUAGUGUUGUAUUCUACACUGUUCCGCCAGAUGGCCAUGAUGACUGGUUGAACUGGUGGACAGGUUCGAGCUCAGGAUCUGGGCAAGCCCAAGUAUCAGAUUGGCCCCUCACGAUCCAGGGAUCGACCAUUGGCACAUUGCGAGGUAUAUGCGAUAUAGCACUUUUUACCUACCCUGAACUCACUGUUUGGGCUUUCUCACUUGAUUCAAAGGCCAAAACUUGGCGAGUACAGAACCCGACGAGAGCAAAAUGCCAGCUACGCAAUUUAGUAUCCGAGGAUGGAUUAGUACACAGUUUCGACAAAAAAUUCGAACCUUCCAGUACCCAUGAGACAUUUUUAGAAGCGCAAUUGGAUACACAUGUAGAUCCCGAAGAUCUCGCUUUUGAGGGUUCGGCUGGAUCCGAUACCAGGACAACUGCAUUUGAAGUCAAGCAUUACCCAAAGGCAUUGAACAUAGAACUAGACAAAGACAUAACGUCUUUGACAGCCACGGACUCUGCAUUGGAUGGAUGGUACGAUGUGGAUGGGAAUGUCGCUAUACUAGACAAUCAAAGGCGCCGCGCCUCUUCUCGACGCUCGGUUUGGUGA